AUGGAAGUUUCCCUGGUCCAGGUUCUCCGUCCGGGAAUGAAGUUUGCCCACGAGUACGAUUUCGGCUCCACUACCGAACUGAAUCUGCGGGUGGUCUCUCAGGGUGAUGUCUCAGUAGACCGCAAGGGCAUCCGGUUGCUGGCACGAAACGACGCCCCGGCGAUCCCGUGUGUCAAAUGCGACUCGCCUGCCGCCAAUUUCUGUACUGAGUGCUAUUGGGGCGAUGGCGGGUUCUUUUACUGCGAAGGAUGUUCCGGGCAUCAUACUGUGCAGUCGCCUUCGCACGAGGGUAUGUUUCUUCCCGUGGUGAACUCACCCAGGAUGGGCGAGUGCGCCUACACCGGGUCCGAAGAGGAUGUGCUCGUUCAUUAG